AUGUCUAUUCAUCGCUUUGCCCUCGCGGGCCUCCUGCUCGGCUCAGUAUCGGCCAGCAGCUCCGUCAGCUCCCCGGCUAGUAGUCGGGUCCAUGUGCCUUCUGUCACCUGUCGAACUGUGAUUGGGACGACGUCUGUCGCAUCAGUUUCUACCACCACGCUUACUCGCACCCUUCAUGAUCGCCUUCCUAUUGUGACCUUCACUACAACCCAGGACACCGUCACCGAAACCCCCGCCACAUUCACCCUCUCUUUGAUGGACUAUAAAACUACCACUGUCACUGUCACUGAAGAUACGUUUGACACCGCAACUGUGACCGUCCCUGGUGAUGUGGUUACUGCGACUAUCUACAUCACCGUGUCGACUACGAGCACCACGACCUCUACUAUAGCCACCUCCGAUGGCUUUACUCCUAUCGCAGAUACGAUACCUACACCUUUUGCGUCUAGACGCUCAUUACUUGAUGAGGAUGACUGCUCUGAAGGCCCUUGGAUAGACGACUAUCAAUAUCCCCUGGAGGUAGAGUGCCACGAGAAGAUCAUUUUCAAGACCACCUCAACCUCGACGGUUACCGGAGUGCCUAUCACCACCACUGUAGCUACUCCUAUUACAACAGCUACAGAGAUUAGCACCAUAUCUACCACCUCAUUCGUGGUUCCUGGGGAUCUCUCUACCACUCUGAGCUACAGCACCACAUCCACACUUACCAUGACAACAUAUGUACCCGGUGAGACUACCACCGUCACGUCUACCACCACUGCUCUUGCAGCCGUUGCUACUGCUACCGUCGUUGACUCGUGUGCUGCCAAUAAUAUCGCCGGUGCUCCUGUCUCGUCUGAAUUUGGGUCUUUCGCAGGCCAAUACAUAAAUGAGAUUAAUUUCAUUACUGUCCCCGGUUAUAAGGUGACUACAGCCUCCUCCGACUCCGCAUAUGAUUGCUGCGUUAGUUGCAUUGAGACCUCCGGAUGUGCCUUCAGCUGGUUUGUGGAUGAGUCGAGUCAGAGUUACUGCUAUCUGGUUAUGACAACUACUUGCUCGACGACUUCAACUUAUGGCACUGCCGGGUUCAAUAGCAAUCCGAAUAAUUGGCAAUUGUCCAACGGAAACUGCGGAUAUGUCAAGGGCAUAGACUUCUCAUUUAUAUGA